CUGCUUACUCUUUUCUCAUAUGACAUUUUGGCUACACUCGUUGGAAACUGUAACUCUAUCGCACGAUGAAAAGCCAGCCAGUACCAGACAAUGCGCCCACUAAGAAGCCGCCUGAGGGGCAGCUGUCUAUGAAGGAGAUAUGGGAUGCGGCAGCCAAAGAAUUCGAGGCAAUAUGCGGAGAGUCACUGCAAAGGGGACAAAUCAAGAGUUUCGAGGAUGUUCAAAAGAAAAUUAAGAGCGCCAACCAGAUCUCAAAUGGCGCCGACGAAGAACAGAAUGUAAAGUGGGAAAAGGCAAAGAGCGUGGGCCUUCAGUCGCUCAAAUAUCUCAAGAUGCUUGUCGGGGCUGCUUCCCAGGCUUCCUCAUUUAUACCAAUUCCUGAGGCAGCGGCCAACAUUACCGGCUCCGCACUCUGCUUCGUCUUUGACAUACCCGAAACCAUCAAAGGCUAUAACGAUGCCAUCAACCAAGUCUUUAGCGAAGUGUCCUCAGCUUUGUCUCAGUUUCACAUCUACCAGACGAUAGACAAUGCGGACCCUUUACUCAUUCAACAGAUCCAUCUGGUCUUGGUCAGUUUCGUCAAGGUCUGCGCUUAUGUCGUCAAGUACCGCCAAGGUCGCAAGAGGGAUCGCUUCCUGAAGCAGUUCAAGUCAGUUUUUGAUGAUGACUCAGGUUUGGCCGACCAGAUGGCAGAGUUUCGGAGCGCCUUGCAGCAGCAGCGCGAUGUUGAAGGGACGGUCACGCUGGCUGUGGUUGUUGAGACGAAACAAGACAUUGCGCUCCUACUCGAACAGUCUAUCGUUUUUGGCAACAUUGUUCAAGAGACGCAUCAAGCGGUACAGGAGACACAGAAAGGAGUGCAAGCCCUAAGAGACGACGUUGACCGCAUGAGGACACUCAUCAAGAUUCGCGAUACUCUGGGCGUGCCGUCAACCGUCCGCCUCGAUACAAACACCACACAGACCUGUAACGAUAUUGCCGACAGGUGUCUCAGUGGCAUGGGAUCUUGGCUCUGGACACACGAGGCAUAUACCGCUUGGACAACCACCAAAGACAGAGACAAGGAUGCGCAGCGCUUGUUAAUCGUGUCUGGCCCUCCAUCUUCAGGCAAGACAUGUGCCACUGCCCUCAUCACUAAGCGCCUGGAAGAGCAAAAAGGGCGCACAUACGUUGCACAUUACUUCUUUCCUUCUAGCACAAAGAAGGCCGAUAGCGAAAAGAAUUCGAUUCAGUCGGCUCUAAAGUACAUGGCCUUCCAGAUUGCCCGAGUUGAUGUGGCAGCUCAAAAAGUGCUAGGCAAGGCGUGCGAGGAAGAGCCCUCUGCAUUCCGCCGCUCGGGGAGCCUCGAUACUUUGGAUAGCCUCUGGGAGAAGCUGAAGAUUGGAGCAUCCGGAUCGAAUGCCGUCUACUAUCUCGUAUUCGAUGGCAUUGAAAAUCUACCCGAUCAACAGGUUAAGAUGUUGUUAGACUUCGUCUUCAGCCCCAGAAUGACUAAAGAAUCUUCCGAGCGCGUUCAGAUUCUGUUGAGCGGAACGGAUGAUCAGUUCGCAAAUUGGCAAGAGAGUAGGAAUUCUCUGAAGAUCCAGAUGGAGAAGCACAAUACACCAGACAUGCGCAUAGUAAUCGAGGAAGCGCUCAAUCAACGAGGAAUGCUACAGAACACGAAGCCCGACUCGGACCAACAAAGAGCCAGAGACAAAAUCCUUGACAAGCUGCCGCAGAAUGUUGAGGGAAGCUAUUCGAGACUUCAGUUUGGGCUGGACGAUGUCAUGCGCCUUCUAAGCACGCGCACUGCAAUGCGCGAAUUGGACCGGAUGCUGGACCAGUCAAUGAGUAGCCACGAAGCGGCCAUUAAGAACCUGCAGAGGACUUUGACAGCGGACGAGAUCAGUGAGUUGAAUGAAUUACUGAAAUGGGUUCUUUUCAGCAACGAUACCAUGACUCUGGAGAAACUUGAAGCCGCCAUGUUCUUAUACUCAGGGACAGAAUCGCUUGCGUCUCUUGAGUAUAUCAUCAAAAAUAAAUACUCAGCUGUUUUGAAGCUCGACGAUGGAUGUGUUUUCGGUCAAGAUGGCGUCAAAGAAUACCUGCGUAAAGACAUAGACUCAUCCGGGAGGGCGUCAAACACCAAAGAUCGCGCCACUAUCAGCAUGACUAUCACCAUCAAUAAUGUGGACCAGGAACUCUGCGGACAUUUCCUCUGGGACCUUGCACACAAGGCAAUUCGGGACAAGUUCAACUUUAACCUUGAUGGGGACGCCUCCAAUGCCCUCCAUGGUGGCAGGGGUACUAUCGCAGUGGACGAAUUUGAGGCGCAUCACACCAUCGUGACACGAGCAUUUGAAUACUUGAGUAAGCCACCUAAGGAACAGACUGAGAAUAUUGGGCCAUAUCUUGUCACUUGGCUUCCAUUUCACUUGUCUCGCCUCCGCCAGCUCGAAGACGAUGACCAAGGAUCGCUUAUGCCGAGCGAGCAGUCCGAAAUUGGACAGAACCUGUAUAAACUGUUCAAAAACGAUGAAGUUUUCUUACGUCACAAGGAGAGUUUCCAGGACGCAUGGUGGAUAGUGAGCGAAAUAGAGGAUUUGCAAAAGUGGUUAAUGGACUCAGCCAUCAUGCGAAGACUGGAUAAAAGAUGGCGCGAUGAGGUGCAACUGGCAGCAAGUCCAACAAGAGGAUAUUUGAAAGAGCUUGUGAGAGUAAUUAUCCAGGGAUUUCUCAGAGAAAGAAGCUGGAAUAUCUAUUCUGCUUGCCAGUGGCUUCUUCAACUGAUGAAGGCAGACGAGAGAAAACUCGAGGUACAUACUGAGACCCCUGAUGACAAUGUGGAUGCCUUCGCUGAGAUAGACUGGAACCGCAUGAGCACCUGGUGUCAAGGUAUCCUAGGUUUGCCUGAUUUAGAGCUCAAUUCGCUCUGGUACGAGCGUCUUGCUACAGCCGCAACUGAUGAUAGGGUCGCUCCCGAGGCUGCCAUAUCCCUAUACCAGCGCGCCAUAGAAGAGAAGAACCCUAGCUGGCUGUGCUACCAAGGAUUGGGAACGGCGUUUUCUAGGCAAAAUCGAACUUCAGAGGCCGUGACUCAAGUGGAACUAGCGCUGAAGAGCGCUCAACAAGAAGAUGCUACUCCCAAACCGGAAACAAAAGAUAUUGUUGGGUUAUACUUACUGUUGGGUCAGUACGCCUAUGAAGCAGGUGAUGUGCGUAAUGCAGACAAGUACUACUCACUCGCAUGUGAAGGAGGCGAUGAAUCCCAGGUAAGAGACGGACAGUUGGGUCGUUUAAAGUCGAGGCUGGGCUUCCCCAACACAGAGGCAAUACAGGCGCUCAAGACUACAUUCGCUCAGGAGAAUGGGAAAGCGGAGAUGGCGGCCGCUAUGGAGAUGAUUGCGCUAGACAGCGAUCAUAAUGAUCUCAUUGCGAGGAUGUUCGCUGUGUUGAAGCAAGAUCCUGAUCUCCUGAAAGAAGUCUUGGAUGCCAUGGAGAAAGCAAUAUGGAACUUGACGCCUGGUAACGGCUCCAAGGUGUUGACAGGGGACGAGCGUUUCGCCGAGGAUGAGGCUCGCAGCGUUCUCCUUUGCGACCGAGGUUUCGCAGCAUACCUGUUCAAAGUCUCUUCUGACGGCCUCAAAUCCGUCAACGAAGCCCUGCGGCUGUGGGAAGAGAGCCGUGAUCUGCUCGCCAAUGUCGGCGGCACAAAUGCUUUAUUUACGCGACAGCGUGCCACGACGGCAUUAGCAGCCCAUUAUUUCCAGAGCAUCGCAGAAGGGCUACAGCUGAACUAUUACGAUGCCUUAGCCAAGCUGACCAAGCUGGCCAAUUCAGAUUCCGACUACAAUUUCUAUCGAAGCGAUGCUAUCGGCUUCUUAGGGUCCGCUCAUGUGCUUUGUGGCAAGAAAGAGUCGGCCAAAGAGGUACUAAUGGCGCGGAUCAAACAAGGUCUGCAGAUCCUCUCCGAUGACAUACUUGAAAACGACAAGAUCGGGUUUUCUAUCCUCCAAACGGCGCUGGAACAAUACCAAGAUUUCAGGAAUGCAGUUGUCGCUCUGUCUCUGCUGGGACAGCCAGAUCUUGUAACGGAAGCCUUGUAUUUUGACGUUGGCGACAUCACGGAAGUUGACGACGAGCGAAAGUUGCAAGCAUUCGAUGUGGUUUCCGAGUUGGCUAAAGAAGUGAUCCGUGUCAUCAAUUCUCAAAUUCCGGAAACCAAACUCCAAUCCCAACGCAUUGAAGCCGCCAAAUUAUAUAUCGACACUCUUAUAGCUACCGCUGAAGCCAAGACGGAGGUGAAUGGCAACAGUGAGGACGAAAAACCAAGAGUUUCUGACCUCACUGCCUACGCGCACCGCCUGCUCCAGUCUCGCAUCUUGCCUCUUCACAAGGCACACACCCCCAGUGUUGACAAAGGCCAACUUUCAUGGUCCUGGAGUUGUGAUGGCCGCACCUCGGACGGCAGGGAAUGCGAUAGUUGGAACAGUUUCGAGGACGACCUCUACCACUGUAUCUACUGUUCGAACAAAGAUUUUUGCGGCAACUGUUUUAAGCGACUUCGCAACCCAGAGUCUGGUGUAGAUUUUAUGGAGUGCAGCGCAAAGCACAGGUGGCUGCAAAUCCCACACCAGGGAAACAGCAUGUAUGUGAGCAUGAAAGCCAACAACGUGCGUGUGCCGAUAGAUGUGAGGCCUCUAGAUGGGGACGACAGAAUAUUGAAGGCUUAUUAUGUAGAAGAUGGAAGUGGAGAGGAGAUUACAAUAGAUGAGUGGAAGGAGAGAGUUGCAACUGAAUGGGGCAUUUCGCUUAAGACCUUGAGCGAGACAUCGAGCGAGGAUGGGAAGAGCUAAACAUACCAAGGAUUACUAUGAAUGUUGAGAUGAGGCGUAUUCGCAGCAAGAUGGUAGUAUAUCUGAAUACACUUGAAGUGGCUGUUAGAAAAUGAGGUCCAUUCGAUUUAUCUUAGCAUUAAUCUAACUGGAUGAUCCGU